CGAGUUCAAUUUCUCAACUUUUAUUCGCAAUCUACAGAUUCAGGAAUCAGAUAUCUCAACCAUCACAAAAUUUCCAUUUUUUUCCUGUGCUCCGGUUUUAUGAUCUGAAUCAAAACGCAGAAAGAGAACAUGGGAAAGAAACUAGAUGCUUUGCUGUGUAGAAACUUUAAGGUUUCCAAAUUCGAAAACCUUGCCAAUCUUGCCAUCUCAAGGAUAGCUUACCUUGAGAAGCGGCAUCGAGUUCGGUUUCAGCAGGCUAGGUCUGAUACUCUUCAGCUUCUUGAUCUUGGUCAGAAAGACCGUGCUCUCCUUCGUCUUGAGCAUCUCAUCAGGGAACAGAACAUGUUGGAUACCUAUGCCAUGAUCGAAAACUACUUGAAUCUCCUCAUGGAGAGAAUUGUUAUCAUUCAAAACAACAAGAAAUGCCCUGAUGAGCUGAAGGAGGCAAUAUCUAGCUUGAUCUUUGCAGCUUCAAGAUGUGGAGAAUUGCCAGAAUUACAGAAGAUUCGUCGGGUUUUCACUUCAAGAUAUGGGAAGGACCUUGAAACUCAAGCCGUUGAACUGCGGAAUAACUGUGGAGUAAGUCCUAAGAUUGUAAAGAAGCUAUCGACCCGGCGGCCAAGCUUGGACAGCAAACUGAAAGUGCUGAAGGAAGUAGCUCCUACUCAUGGUAUUCUGAAGCAGAUUGAGGGAGAAUCUUCUGUGACCUCAGAUAACAAAAUUGAAGCAAAGAAGCAACAAAAGCAUACUGGAGCUGGAGAGAAAGCAUCAUCAUCCAUCUCAUAUAACUCAAAGCUUGAAGAGGACAUGAAUAAUUUAGCUUCAAAGCUAAAACUGCAGGAAAAACCAUCCAAGAAAAACAAUGUAGAGGGAAAAAAAUACAGAGAUGCAAAGACUGCAGCUCAAGCGGCUUUUGACUUUGCAGCUCACGCAGCAGAAGCUGCAAAAGCUGCUGUGGAACUGGCAACAAAUAAGAAAAAUGAUCCUGAUAGUACUAGUGGAUCUUCCAAAUCCAAAGAUGGAGGAGAUGGAGAUGCAAAUUUGAAGGAUAAAAAGAAAGUGAGUAAAGAGUUUGAUUCCAACAAAAUCAAUGCUACAGGCAGCAGCUUAAGCUCUACAUCAGGUGGUGAAGAUAUGGAGAAGAGCAGGCAUAGAAGUCAUCGCAAAGAAUCUGAAAGAGAGAAUAAGAAAGCAGAAAAGGGGGAAAAUGAUUCAAAUUCUGGGUCAGGUAGUAGAAAAUUUGGUUCGUUAUUGAAGAAUCAAGAGGACUCAAUUUCUGCCAUGAAGUCCAGCCUGCAAAAGCCUGGAGCUGAUGCCUUGAAAUCAGGUGCAAGUCCUUCAAAUUUUGGCAGGAGACCUCUUUCAGUGAGGACUAGACUCGCGUCUAGGCUAAGAAGCUUAUGAUGUGAGAGAAAGAGAAACUGAAAGAUUCUGCUCAAUUCUGUGCUUAUGUAUAUGUUCCUAGUUACUAGUGUGCCUAUCAUUUUUCCUAUGUUUGAUUGUUUGUGUUAUUGAUUUUGCUGUUCAAAACAAUGCUUGAGAGUAUGAGUUCUUUCACUCGCUCUCCUGCCUUGCUAUUUUCAUUCAUUGUCUUGUAUGUUGAUCUUUU